CCGGGGGGAGGCGGCGGGCCUUGGGAGGGGCUGAGCGAGAGCCGGGAUCGGGAUUUGCUCCGGGUGCCGGCGGGCGAUCGGGACCAGGUUGGGGGAAGGAAGGGGGAUGGGGGCUGCCCUCCGAGGUGGUCGGGGCCGCCGCCGCCGCCGCCGCGGCGGCGACUGAAGCCGGGAAGAGGACAGGGGGGCGGGGAGCGGUCGCCGCCGCCCCCCGGAGGCGCCGGAGCCCCGAAUCGCGCUCGGAGCCAACCAGUGGUCCGGAGCACUAGCAGGCUUCACUGAAAACAGAUCCUGCAAGUUCCAGGUGCCUACAUUGCAAACUUGGAGAUCCUGCUUCCUGCUUCCCAGGCCACAGACGUGGGGAGUUUGGGGUGAAGCAGAGAAGUUUCUGUAUUCAGCUGCCCAGGCAGAGGAGAAUGGGGUCUCCACAGCCUGAAGAAUGAAGACAAGACAGAAUAAAGACUCAAUGUCAAUGAGGAGUGGACGGAAGAAAGAGGCCCCUGGGCCCCGGGAAGAACUGAGAUCAAGGGGCAGGGCCUCCCCUGGAGGGGUCAGCACAUCCAGCAGUGAUGGCAAAGCCGAGAAGUCUAGGCAGACAGCCAAGAAGGCCCGAGUAGAGGAAGCCUCCACCCCAAAGGUCAGCAAGCAGGGCCGGAGUGAGGAGAUCUCAGAGAGUGAAAGUGAGGAGACCAACGCACCAAAAAAGACCAAAACUGAGGAGCUUCCUCGGCCACAGUCCCCUUCAGAUCUGGACAGCUUAGAUGGGCGGAGCCUCAAUGAUGAUGGCAGCAGUGACCCAAGGGAUAUAGACCAGGAUAACCGAAGCACGUCCCCCAGCAUCUACAGCCCUGGAAGUGUGGAGAAUGACUCUGAUUCAUCUUCUGGCCUGUCCCAGGGCCCUGCCCGCCCUUACCACCCACCUCCACUCUUUCCUCCUUCCCCUCCACCACCAGACAGCAACCCCCGACAGCCAGAACCUGGCUUUGAACCCCAUCCUUCUGUGACACCCACUGGAUAUCAUGCUCCCAUGGAGCCCCCCACAUCUCGGAUGUUCCAGGCUCCUCCUGGGGCCCCUCCCCCUCACCCACAGCUCUACCCUGGGAGUGCUGGUGGAGUUUUAUCUGGACCUGCAAUGGGUCCCAAGGGGGGAGGACCUGCCUCUUCAGUAGGGGCCCCUAGUGGGGGUAAGCAGCACCCCCCACCCACCACCCCCAUUUCAAUAUCAAGCUCUGGGGCUGGUGGUGCUCCCCCAACAAAGCCGCCUAACACUCCAGUGGGUGGUGGAAACCUACCCUCUGCUCCACCACCAGCCACCUUCCCUCAUGUGACACCAAAUCUGCCUCCCCCACCUGCUCUGAGACCCCUUAACAAUGCAGCAGCCUCUCCUCCUGGCCUGGGGGCCCAGCCACUACCUGGGCAUCUACCCUCUCCCCAUGCCAUGGGGCAGGGCAUGGGUGGACUUCCUCCUGGCUCAGAGAAGGGCCCCACUCUUGCUCCCUCACCCCACCCUCUGCCCCCUGCUUCCUCCUCUUCUGCCCCAGCCCCCCCAAUGAGGUAUCCUUAUUCAUCCUCUAGUGGUAGCUCUGCAGCAGCCUCCUGUUCCAGUUCUUCAUCUUCGUCUGCUUCCCAGUACCCAGCUUCCCAGGCAUUGCCCAGUUAUCCCCACUCCUUCCCUCCGCCGACAAGCCUCUCUGUCUCCAAUCAGCCACCCAAGUAUACUCAGCCUUCUCUCCCAUCCCAGGCUGUGUGGAGCCAGGGUCCCCCCCCACCUCCUCCCUAUGGCCGCCUCUUAGCCAACAGCAAUCCCCAUCCAGGCCCCUACCCUCCUUCUACUGGAGGCCAGUCCACUGCCCACCCACCAGCCCCAACACAUCACCAUCACCACCAGCAACAGCAGCAACAGCAGCAGCAGCAGCAGCAGCAGCAUCAUGGGAGCUCUGGGCCCCCUCCACCUGGAGCUUAUCCCCACCCCCUGGAGAGCAGUAGUUCCCACCAUGCACACCCUUAUGCCAUGUCUCCCUCCCUGGGGUCUCUCAGGUCCUACCCACCAGGGCCAGCACACCUGCCCCCACCUCACAGCCAGGUGUCCUACAGCCAAGCAGGCCCCAAUGGCCCCCCAGCUGCUUCUUCCAACUCUUCUUCCUCUCAAGGGUCCUACCCGUGUUCACACCCCUCUCCUUCCCAGGGCCCCCAAGGGGCGCCCUACCCCUUCCCACCGGUGCCUCCGGUUACCACCUCUUCGGCUACACUUUCCACAGUCAUUGCCACAGUGGCUUCCUCGCCAGCAGGCUACAAAACGGCCUCCCCACCUGGGCCCCCACCGUAUGGGAAGAGAGCCCCGUCCCCAGGGGCCUACAAGACAGCCACCCCACCCGGAUACAAGCCGGGGUCGCCACCCUCCUUCCGAACUGGGACCCCACCAGGCUACCGAGGCGCCUCGCCGCCCGCAGGCCCAGGGACCUUCAAGCCAGGCUCGCCCACCGUGGGGCCUGGGCUGCUGCCGCCUGCGGGGCCCUCAGGCCUGUCAUCCCUGCCACCACCGCCUGCGGCCCCCACUUCGGGGCCGCCCCUGAGUGCCACGCAGAUCAAACAGGAGCCGGCUGAAGAGUAUGAAACGCCCGAGAGCCCAGUGCCCCCGGCUCGCAGCCCCUCGCCCCCUCCCAAGGUGGUAGAUGUGCCCAGCCACGCCAGUCAGUCAGCAAGGUUCAACAAACACCUGGAUCGCGGCUUUAACUCGUGCGCGCGCAGCGACCUGUACUUUGUGCCGCUGGAGGGUUCCAAGCUGGCCAAGAAGCGGGCCGACCUGGUGGAGAAGGUGCGGCGCGAGGCGGAGCAGCGCGCGCGCGAAGAAAAGGAGCGCGAGCGCGAGCGGGAACGCGAGAAGGAGCGCGAGCGCGAGAAGGAACGCGAGCUGGAACGGAGCGUGAAGUUGGCUCAGGAGGGCCGUGCUCCAGUGGAGUGCCCAUCUCUCGGCCCAGUGCCCCAUCGCCCUCCGUUUGAGCCAGGCAGUGCUGUGGCUACAGUGCCCCCCUACCUGGGCCCCGACACUCCAGCCUUGCGCACUCUUAGUGAAUAUGCCCGGCCCCACGUCAUGUCUCCUGGCAAUCGCAACCAUCCGUUUUACGUGCCCCUGGGGGCAGUGGACCCAGGGCUCCUGGGUUAUAAUGUCCCAGCCCUGUACAGCAGUGACCCAGCAGCCCGGGAGAGGGAGCGGGAAGCCCGUGAACGAGACCUCCGUGACCGCCUCAAGCCUGGCUUCGAGGUGAAGCCCAGUGAGCUGGAACCCCUACAUGGGGUUCCUGGGCCAGGCCUGGAUCCCUUCCCCCGACAUGGUGGCCUGGCUCUGCAGCCUGGCCCCCCUGGCCUGCACCCUUUCCCUUUUCACCCGAGCCUGGGGCCCCUGGAGAGAGAGCGUCUAGCGCUGGCCGCUGGGCCAGCCCUGCGGCCUGACAUGUCCUACGCGGAGCGUCUGGCAGCUGAGAGGCAGCACGCAGAAAGGGUGGCAGCCCUGGGCAAUGAUCCACUGGCCCGACUGCAGAUGCUCAAUGUGACCCCCCAUCAUCACCAGCACUCUCACAUCCACUCUCACCUGCACCUCCACCAGCAGGAUGCCAUCCAUGCAGCCUCUGCCUCGGUGCACCCUCUUAUUGACCCCCUGGCCUCAGGGUCUCACCUUACCCGGAUUCCCUACCCAGCUGGGACCCUCCCCAACCCUCUUCUUCCUCACCCUCUGCACGAGAAUGAAGUUCUUCGUCACCAGCUCUUUGCUGCUCCUUACCGGGACCUGCCAGCUUCCCUCUCUGCCCCGAUGUCAGCAGCUCACCAGCUGCAGGCCAUGCACGCGCAGUCCGCUGAGCUGCAGCGCUUGGCACUGGAGCAGCAGCAGUGGCUGCACGCCCAUCACCCGUUGCACAGUGUGCCGCUACCCGCCCAGGAGGACUACUACAGUCACCUGAAGAAGGAAAGUGACAAGCCGCUGUAGAACCUGCAAUCAAGAGAGCACCUAUGGCCCCUGCAUCUGGACCUUGUAGGCCUCCUUCCCAGCCUGCCAUCCAGAGCGUGGAGGGUUGCUGCUCAGUUGCAGGGCCUUGGCAGCUGGGCAGAGGGAGGGAAGAAGGGACAGACGGAAGGCCAAGGCUCCUGUGGUGUGUGGAGGUGGAGAGGUGGCAGGGGUGGGGGCAGAAAGCGCACAGUAUCUUGGACCAGGUCCCUUUUCCUUGUCCCCCUGCUUUCUUCCUCACCCAUGCCCAACUCCCGUGGCCACCGCCCCUCCCCCACCCCGUUGGUGUGAUUAUUUCAUCUGUUAGAUGUGGCUGUUUUUGCGUAGCAUUGUGUGCCGCCCCAGCCCCUCCCCAGUCCCUGUGUGCGCGCCCCUUCUGCAAUGUAUGCCCCUUGCCCCUGCCCCACAUUAAUAAUUUAUAUAUAUAAAUAUCUAUAUGACGCUCUUUGAAAAACAUCCCAAACAAAACCAACCAAACAAAAACAUCCUCAUGAUUCCCCAGACAGAUGGCUGUGACUCGUUCUUUGCGGGCUAUGGGGGCGGAAUCUGCGCGGGGUCUUGAGAGAGACCAACAGGGAAGUUGAUAGGGAUGGGCCUUCUGAAGGAAUUGGGUGGAGGGACCCUGGAGAGUUGGAGGGGGUACCACCGGAGCAGUCUCCUUCCAAGUCAGGGAAGAGGAAGUCAGGAUGCUGGAGGUCUGGGACAGGCACGCCUUUGCCAAGGUCAGGUCUAGGGAACUACUCAGGCUUUUGAGGCGUUUCUGCCACUGGUCUCAGCUAGGAGCCACCAGCCCUGAAUCCUUUCCAUAGAAUAGUUUGAGACACGGUUAGUGGUUUCAACAGAUGAAAGCGAUUAGAACCCAGGAGUCCUAACUACCCUAAUGGUUUGAGGAGCUAUUAGGUGACAAUUUCAAACGCCUAGAAGAAAAAAGAAAUCAGAAGGCUUUACGCUGCAGCACACACCGCUAUAUACAAGGCCCUUUCCAAAAGCUCCAAGCUUUUAUUGCUGCGAAUCACUGUCUGCGUUCUUAAAAACUAAAGGGUGUGACUGGCUUCCCUCAGCCAAUGAGCAUCGAUCUUAUUUGCAUAAACUUAUCAAACGUUCACAAACUCUAGAAAUGAACGCUAUAAGUAAAUUCUUUAGAAUACUGUUUUUUCUUGUGAAAGUUAAGAGUAUGCAUCGUUGUUACACCUAUAGGAGUUAGCAAACAAACACUGAGCUCACCCUCACUAAUAGUGGAGUUCAUAGCUAUCCCAUGUUCUCUCCAGAUUACUUCCUGCAGUGCUUACAGCUCUUUUUGAAUUUGUCUAGCAGGUCUUCCGGUUUAUACCGGAAGACCCCCCCAAUUACGUAGCCUGUUUUUAACAAUAGAAAA